AACUGGAUAGUUGUUGUCGAGCGAUCCCUAACAAGGCUAGGAAAACUAAAGAGAAAACUCAGCAAUGCCGAUUGAGGAUAGGUCAAUUCCCUACCACUGGGAUGAAGAGCCGGGACAAGGGCCUAUAAAGAGUUUUGAUGGAGUUUACCGCCAGUGGUUUACCUCGAGACAUCGAGUUUUUUCUCUGAAUAAAGGCGGUCAGGUCCCUGGACAUUGCAUGAAGAUAGACGGAAAUACCGUGAGCGCAGAUGCAAUCGAAAAAGACGAGAGAGUAAAAUUUCGUUUACACAAUUUCACGGAGAAUAGGAACGAGACGUGGUACGACUAUUAUAUUAUGGAGAAUCAGAUCAGUGAAGGCUUGGUGGCCAUAAACCCAGAGGAUGACACUGUCACUGUUAAGCAUGCAGAUGUAAUAGGCUUCAGGACCAUUGCACAAGUGAGGAAAGCCAACCUGUUAGAUGUGAUGUUCAUUAAGCAGCAAAAAAAACCUUUGGAUGACCAGUUUUGGUUUGAGUCGUGUAUCGAGGAUGGGAAGAGGCGUGUCCUUGGAUUUGACCAAAAUGGUAUACCCCUGAAAACUACUGAGGUCGAAGCAGGUUCGAAAGAAAGUCUACUGGAGAUGAAGCGAGUCUUAAUGGCGGAACCAUGAGAAGCCCUCUUCUCACCGGCAUCCACAUUUUCUAUGUUAUUGAAAACGGUAACAAAAUUUUGUUUCCAAAGUAAUGAGCAAACUACGAACGCGACAAAUCCUUCAACAAGGUCUUGUCGCAUGAAAUAGCUAAUGGCGAUACAUAGUAAAAUUAGCAAGCGAAUAAAUGCGUAAAUAAAUGAAUUCUUGAUUAAAGACA